GUCUAGAGGCUCCCCCAGUACGCCCAAUGUGGCUGCUGGUUUUGGGUCUAAGAGGUUCUCCUUUGCCGCGAUGGAUAACGACGUGGAUGGCACUUACACGACCCGUUAUCCUGCGUUGGCCUUUUGCACCGUUCUGUACCGCCUUCUUCCAUCACCUUCCACUUUCCUACCUUCUUGCUCACAGUAGUCGAGAGACCAUGGGCACAAGUCUAUCUCCCUUCCUUCUCUUACGAAAGCGCUGAGUGGUUCGCAAAACACGCGGCUCCGCGCCUAACGGUUAUUGCCCCGCCUACGUUACCGAAGCGCGGUUCUCCAAAGGACCAAGAGGCACGAAGGAGUCGUCUGGCCAACAUUCCCAGGAGCCGUUUCAACUAACCCGUUUCGCCGCGGUUCUCCAACGCAUCAAGAGGCACACUUACGCGUCUGGCCAACAAUGCUCGGAGCCGGCAUCCGUUGCCAACAAAUCCAAAAUGUAUACUCCCCCCCGGAAACGGUGUACGAGUACCCCUAGGCGCUCCGAACCCACGCAUCCAUAUGUUUUACUUCCCCUCUUGUACAUAAUUUUUGAUCUUUUGAUCCGUGCACCCUUGGCGCCUCAUUCGGGC